AUGACCAUUCUAAAUUGCAGCAAGCGCCUACUUCUCAACGUCACGGUGGCGGCUCCUUAUAAGUCCUCGCCUGCUGCUGAGAUUGCAUUUGAAGCUGCUUCUGCUGCAAUGGAUGGCGGCAUCUCAGUUGAUGUUAUGAAUGUUGUUCAAGGUACUGAAGUUCUUUGUGUACCUGGUGUAUUGACUCCAACAGAAAUAGUGUGUGCAUACACUGCUGGUGCUAGUAUUGUGAAGGUAUAUUCUGUUUCUGCAUUGGGUGGAGUCCAGUACAUUGCAUCCCUCAAGAAGCCUUUCCCCCAUAUACCAAUGGUUGCUUCGCAAGGAAUAACAACAGAUUCUGUAAGGCACUAUAUAACCAGUGCAGCUUCAGCAGUCGUUCUUUCAGGUGCCACAUUCAGUAAAGAGGCAAUGCUGCAGAGAAAUUACAGCGAUACAUCAACUUGCACUUAAUGCUUCUUCGCAGGGGAAAGAAGCUGUGCGUGGGUAGAAGUGUUUUACUUGAAAGUGAAGAUUCUAUGCAGGGCAAGCUUUUGAGUUUUCUGGUUUCUUGAUAUCGUGUCUGUUUGUAGUACUACUACAAUGCUGCUACAGCAGCCAUGGUCAGUACCUUCACAUGCAAGUUAACUUCGAAUUGUCGAAGUAGCCCUCCUGAUGCUAAGAAUACGAUACCAGUUAUAAACUGAGCAGAAUACUUGGAAUGCCAUCAAAACCAAGAUCAAGACUGCAGCCAAAAGUGUCAGCGACUGCCAAGAAGCAAACACAUAUUGCCCCAUAAAUCUCCCAAUCCUCACCUUCCAUCGUCCAUUAUAAUACAAGUUCACUUCUGCAAUCACAUCAUCUAGAAAAGCCACUCUGGUCAGCCUAAUCGACUUGCUCAUCCCAUUCCACAAAUCUGCUGCCUCAUCAUCACUCUUCAAGUGAUUCAAUACCACGCCCCGCUCCCUCAGCAGCUUCACAUCCUCCCCAGUGUCAAUGAUCCCAUUCAUCAGCUCCGUGUAUCGUGUGAAAACCAGUGGGCCCACUGAUGCAUUCGAGGCCUCGUAUGCCACCAGGUUCCUCAACACGACUUCUGUAUUAACAUCUAAGCUAACUAUCGGCAGAUGCAGCUUCGAUGACUUGUUGUCGAAGCUAAUGCUCGAGAUACUGCUCACGGUUGGGACAAUAUGGACCCCGGAGCUUACGAGCUCUGUAACUGAUGGGAUGGUGAUUUCUUCUAGCAGUGGAGGUCGAUAGAGGUUGUUGUUUGAGUUGCUUGGCCCUGGUCUGCUGUCGUGGGGUGGUGACGAGAAGAUGAAAUACUCGACGGGGUGUCUAAGGAUGGCAAAACCAGGGAGGAGAUUGGUGAGGAUUGUGAAUGGCAAUCUGAGAACGAAUUUUACUGGUUUCGAUAGCAGAAGUCUCUUGAGAUGAUCUUUGUCUAGCUUGGAGUCCUCAAAAUUUCAAACUGGGCUAAAUGACCCAGAAUGUACCUGAUUUGGCACAAUUGUCUGGUACAAGUAAUCAAGCAAAUGAGCAGAACGUGAAGCUUCAAUCCCGUGGAAGUCAUCCAUCAUCUUGAAAGGUGAAACCUCCCUGCAAAAACCAACCAACAUUGCCCUAAGCUUCUCAUCUCCCAGCUCCUGCGUCCCGUGUUGAACUUCGAGGAUCUUACGUAACACGAUCAUCGGAAUCUGAUUCUCGAGCAUCAUAACGUCCCUGAU